AUGGAACAAAGGAAGAAUGACAGUAUUGUCCCUAGUAUUACUCAAUUAGAAGAUUUUCUGACAGAACACAAUUCCAAUGUUGUUUGGCUCCUUGUUGCUACCAUUUUGUCCUGUGGAUGGAUUAUUUAUCUCACCUAUUAUAACUCCCGGAAUGUUGGUCUUAUUUUAACACUGGUUCUUAACAGAUUAUAUAAACAUGGCUAUAUCCAUAUUGGCUCUUUUUCUUUCUCUGUUCUUUCUGGAAAAGUCAUGGUUCGUGAAAUAUAUUACAUUACAGAAGACAUGUCAAUAAGAAUUCAAGAUGGAUUUAUCAUUUUUCGGUGGUGGAAAAUGUAUAACCCAAAGCAGAAACAACAUGAUCCAAAGGCAGAAACCAGAUUAUAUAUUACAGUCAAUGACUUUGAAUUUCAUGUAUACAAUCGUUCGGAUCUUUAUGGACGUCUUCAAGAAUUAUUUGGUUUGGAACCAACAAUAAUUCCACCAAAGAAGGACGAUGAUAAAACACGGGAAAAUGGAAGAACAAGAACCCAGUCAAAAAUGGAAAGAGUUAAAGUAAAAACAGAAUCUCAAGACCCCACAUCUUCCUGGAGGUCACUUAUUCCAGUCAUAAAGGUUAAUGUGAGCACAGGGCGUUUGGCCUUUGGGAAUCAUUACCAACCUCAAACUCUGUGCAUCAACUUUGAUGAUGCUUUCUUAACUUAUACUACAAAACCACCUUCAAGUCAUCUUGACCAAUUUAUGCAUAUUGUGAAAGGAAAACUUGAAAAUGUUCGAGUCAUGCUUGUUCCUAGUCCAAGAUAUGUUGGUCUUCAAAAUGAUGAACCACCAAGGUUAAUGGGAGAAGGCUUUGUGGUGAUGCAGUCCAAUGAUGUUGAUAUCUAUUACUACAUGGAUGAGCCAGGACUUGUUCCAGAAGAAACAGAAGAAAAUAUCGAAGAAGAUACGAGCAGUGAAGAUUGUAAAUUACAAGACUUGCCUCCAUGUUGGGGAUUGGAUAUAGUUUGUGGAAAAGGAACAGAUUUCAAUUAUGGACCAUGGGCUGAUAGGCAGAGAGAUUGUUUGUGGAAGUUUUUCUUUCCACCAGAUUAUCAAGUUCUAAAUGUUUCUGAAAUUGCACAGCCUGGGAGAUUAAGACAGAUCCUUGCUUUUGAACUACGAAUGAAUAUUAUUGCAGAUGCUACAAUUGACUUGCUGUUUACUAAAAAUAGGGAAACAAAUGCUGUACAUGUAAACGUAGGAGCUGGCUCAUAUUUAGAAAUUAAUAUCCCAAUGACAGUUGAGGAAAAUGGUUACACUCCAGCAAUUAAAGGGCAACUCUUACAUGUUGAUGCCACUACUAGCAUGCAGUAUCGGACCCUGUUAGAAGCAGAAAUGUUAGCAUUCCACAUCAAUGCAAGCUAUCCGCGAAUAUGGAAUAUGCCACAGACAUGGCAAUGUGAACUAGAGGUUUAUAAAGCCACCUACCACUUCAUCUUUGCACAGAAGAACUUUUUUACAGAUUUAAUUCAAGAUUGGUCUAGUGAUAAUGCUCCAGACAUUUUUUCAUUUGUUCCAUAUACAUGGACUUUUAAAAUCAUGUUUCAUCAGUUUGAAAUGAUUUGGGCUGCUAACCAACACAAUUGGAUUGACUGUUCCACCAAACAACAGGAGAAUGUUUAUCUUGCAGCCUGUGGAGAAACAUUAAACAUUGAUUUCUCUUUGCCUUUUACGGACUUUGUACCAGCUACAUGUAAUACCAAGUUCUCUUUAAGAGGAGAAGAUGUUGAUCUUCAUUUAUUCCUGCCAGAUUGCCACCCCAGUAAAUAUUCAUUGUUUAUGUUGGUAAAGAAUUGCCACCCAAAUAAAAUGACUAAUGAUACUGGUAUUCCUGCUGAAUGUCAAAGUGGCCAGAAAACAGUUAAACCAAAAUGGAGGAAUAUUACUCAAGAAAAGGCUGGUUGGGUUGAAUGCUGGACUGUCCCAAGUGUGAUGUUGACAAUUAAUUAUACAUGGCAUCCAAUUUAUCCACAAAAAGCAGAUGAACAGCUAAAGCAAUCAUUGUCAGAAAUGGAAGAAACAAUGCUAUCUGUACUAAGGCCGUCUCAGAAAACGACAGACAGAGCUGUUUCUUCUCCCUCUACUUCUUCACGCCCACCUGUUGAUCCCUCAGAACUUCCACCUGAUAAACUUCAUGUAGAAAUGGAACUCUCCCCAGACUCCCAGAUAACUCUUUAUGGACCUCUCUUAAAUGCCUUUCUGUGCAUAAAGGAAAAUUACUUUGGAGAGGAUGACAUGUAUAUGGAUUUUGAAGAGAUUAUUUCUAGUCCUGUUCUGUCACUGUCAACAUCAUCGAGCUCUGGGUGGACUGCUGUUGGAAUGGAAAACGACAAAAAGGAGAAUGAAAGUUCAGCCAAGUCAAUUCAUCCACUUUCUUUGCGUCCUUGGGAUAUUACUGUGCUUGUUAAUUUGUACAAAGUUCAUGGGCGUCUUCCUGUUCAUGGAACUACUGAUGGUCAUGAGUGCCCUACAGCUUUUUUGGAAAGACUAUGUUUUGAAAUGAAAAAAGGAUUUAGAGAGACCAUGCUACAACUUGUCCUGUCACCGCUGAAUGUGUUUGUCAGUGAUAACUAUCAGCAGCGACCUUCUGUGGAUGAAGUACUCAGGGAUGGUCACAUCAGUUUGUCUGGUCUGCAGUUGCGAGCACAUGCUAUGUUCUCAGCAGAAGGUCUUCCUUUGGGAAGUGAUUCCUUAGAAUAUGCAUGGCUAAUUGAUGUGCAGGCUGGAAGCCUUACAGCUAAGGUCACAGCACCACAGCUGGCAUAUCUCUUAGAGUGGGGACAGACAUUUGUUUUUCACGUGGUAUGUCGGGAGUAUGAACUGGAAAGACCCAAAUCAGUAAUAAUAUGUCAGCAUGGAAUUGAUCGUCGGUUCUGUGAAUCCAAGUUGAGUUGUAUUCCUGGGCCUUGUCCAGCUUCAGAUGAUUUGAAAUACACUAUGACUCGUUUAGCAGUAGAUGGAGCUGAUAUUUAUAUUGUGGAGCAUGGCUGUGCUACAAAUGUAAAGAUGGGUGCUAUCCGGGUUGCAAACUGUAAUCUCCACAAUCAGUCGGUUGGGGAAGGAAUAAGUGCUGCAAUUCAGGAUUUUCAAGUGAGACAGUACAUUGAGCAAUUAAACAAUUGCAGAGUUGGACUUCAGCCUGCAGUUCUACGGAGGGCAUAUUGGCUUGAAGCUGGGUCAGCCAAUUUAGGACUUAUUACUGUUGAUAUUGCAUUAGCUGCUGAUCAUCAUUCUAAACAUGAAGCACAAAGACAUUUCUUAGAAAUUCAUGAUGCCAGAACUAAGAGGUUGUGGUUUUUGUGGCCAGAUGAUACUCUGAAGAAUAAGAGGUGUAGGAACAAGUGUGGUUGUCUUGGUGGCUGCAGAUUCUUUGGUGGCACAAUAACUGGCCUAGAUUUCUUCAAACUUGAUGAAUUGACACCUUCCAGUAGCUCUGCAUUUUCAAGUACAAGUGCAGAAUCUGAUAUGUAUUAUGGACAGUCUCUGCUACAGCCUGGAGAAUGGAUUAUUACUAAAGAAAUUCCUAAAAUCAUAGAUGGGACUGUGAUGGAUCUCAUGGACUUUGACUACCAAGUGACAGUGAGCUUCCCCUGUGCAAGACAGGAAGUUAUCAAACAAGGGCUUACAGCUAAUUCUUUGCUAGACAGAGGAAUGCAACUUUCAGGAUCAACUUCAAAUACACCAUAUACUCCUCUGGAAAAGAAAGUUGUUGAUAACACAGAUGAUGAAACAUUAACAGAAGAAUGGACCCUGGGUCAACCUGUUUCCCAGACCAGGACAACGGCCAUAGUUGAAGUAAAAGGAACUGUGGAUAUUGUUCUGACUCCCCUGGUGGCUGAAGCUUUAGACAGAUAUAUUGAAGCAAUGGUUCAUUGUGCUAAUACCCAACAUCCAGCUGCAAUUGUAGACAAUCUUCAUGCAAAAGUCCUGAGGGAAGCUGUUCAAAAUAGCAAGACUACCUUCUCAGAAAAUUUAUCUUCCAAACAAGAUGUUAGAGGAAUGAAAACAGAGCACCCUACUAUAGGAACUACUAACCAAGGACAAGCACAAACAAAUCUUACAGUGAAGCAAGAUAAUGUAACGAUUAAAGGCCUUCAGGCAAAUGUUAGCAUACCAAAGGUAAAUUUAUGUUUGUUACAAGCUUCAGUGGAAGAAUCUCCAACUACAGCUCCUAGUAGAAAUGUGACUCAUGUUUCCCUAGUAGCAUUGUGCUUUGAUAGAAUUGCUACACAACUUCGUAUGAAUAGAGGUGUGGUUGAAGAGACUUCAAACAAUGCAGAACCUGGUAGAACACCAAAUUUUGAUAGGUAUGUCCAUGCCACUAAGAUGCAGCCUCAGUCAUCUGGCUCUCUGAGAUCAAAUGCUGGAGCAGAAAAAGGCAAAGAAAUUGCAGCCAAGUUAAAUAUUCAUCGAGUUCAUGGACAACUUAGGGGUCUUGAUACAACAGACAUUGGAACUUGUGCCAUCACUGCUAUUCCUUUUGAGAAGUCCAAAGUUUUGUUUACUCUCGAAGAGUUAGAUGAGUUCACUUUUGUGGAUGAAACUGAUCAUCAAGCUGUUGCAGAUGUAACUCGAAUAGGUCCCAGCCAAGAAAAAUGGGGUUGGAUAAUGUUUGAAUGUGGACUUGAAAAUCUAACCAUAAAAGGAGGAAGACAGUCUGGUGCUGUUUUAUAUAAUACCUUUGGAAUUAUGGGGAAAGCUAAUGUCACAGAAAGAGGUGGAGUACUGACAUCCAAUAAUUCUUCUGAUUCUCCAACCGGCAGUGGCUAUAAUACUGAUGUCUCUGAUGAUAAUCUUCCAUGUGACCGAACAAGUCCUUCCUCAGACUUAAAUGGAAAUUCUGUUUCUGAUGAACAAGAUGAAGGAGUUGAAUCUGAUGAUUUAAAAAAAGAUCUUCCUCUAAUGCCGCCGCCUCCAGAUUCAUGUAGCAUGAAGUUAACCAUCAAAGAAAUUUGGUUUAGUUUUGCAGCUCCCACCAAUAUGAGAUCUCCUACUCAUACAUUUUCUAGGCAGCUGAACCUUUUAAGCACUGCAACCCCUGCUGUUGGUGCAUGGCUUGUUCCUAUUGAUCAACUCAAAUCAUCCCUAAACAAGUUAGAAACUGAGGGAACCUUGAGAAUUUGUGCUGUUAUGGGAUGCAUAAUGACAGAAGCAUUAGAGAAUAAAAGUGUACACUUUCCCCUAAGAAGUAAAUAUAACAGACUUACAAAACUUGCCCGCUUUCUCCAAGAAAAUCCUUCAUGUUUACUAUGCAAUAUACUGCAUCACUACCUGCACCAGGCAAAUUACUCCAUCAUUGAUGAUGCUACAAUGAGUGAUGGACUUCCUGCUUUGGUAACUUUAAAGAAAGGUUUAGUUGCACUGGCAAGGCAGUGGAUGAAGUUUAUUGUGGUGACACCAGCCUUUAAAGGAGUUAGCUUACACAGACCAGCUCAGCCCCUGAAGCCUCAAACAGCAGUGGACCAUGAACAUGAAGAUGGACUUGGGCUAGAUAAUGGAGGUGGAUUGCAAAGUGAUACCAGUGCUGAUGGAGCUGAAUUUGAAUUUGAUGCAGCCACAGUCAGUGAGCAUACAAUGCUACUGGAAGGAACAGCUAACCGGCCUCCACCUGGUGGCUCUGGUCCUGUAACUGGAGCUGAGAUCAUGAGGAAACUUUCUAAGACUCAUACUCAUAGUGACUCAGCACUAAAAAUUAAGGGCAUUCACCCAUAUCAUUCUCUGAGCUAUACCAGCGGAGACACUGCCACGGAUUCGCCUGUACAUGUUGGGCGUUCUGGGAUGCCAGUAAAGGAGAGUCCGAGGAAGGAGAGUUUACUCAGCUACCUGACUGGAAGCUUCCCAAGCUUACACAAUCUCCUGGAAGGGACUCCCCAGAGAAGUAGUGCAGCUGUGAAAAGUAGCUCUCUAACGAGAACAGGAAAUACAGUGGCCACUGAUAUGUUAUCUGAACACCCCUUGUUAUCUGAACCAUCAUCUGUGAGCUUCUAUAAUUGGAUGUCAAAUGCUGUGGGUAAUCGAGGAAGCGUGGUACAAGAAUCUCCUGUUACAAAGUCAGUGCACAAUAGUCUUCCAACAGGUGUUGCACCCAAUCUUCCUACAAUACCUUCAGCUUCCGAUUUCAACACAGUUUUAUCUAGUGACCAGAAUACUUUGGAUGGUACACAUUCUCAGCAUAGUACUAGUCAAGAUGACGUGGCUGGUGUAGAAGAAGCAAACCAGGGGUUUCCUGCUGUUCAGCUUGCUGAUGCACAGGUUGUUUUUAAACCUCUUCUGAGUCAUACAGGGAUCCAAUCUCAGGAUGCAGUGCCACUUUGCUACCGAAUGUACUUUGGAGAGCACCUUUCAUUUUCAGGGACUUUGGACUGCCUCAGAGCAGAUAUUGUGGAUUCAGACACAGCCAAAGACAGAAAAGGCAAAAGAGCAAGAAGGCAAGGCCAUGUAAAUCUUCCUCCACUUGAAUUCAAACCAGCGUUAAUGUUGGAAACCUUUAGCAUCAGUGCUGUUGUAAUGGAAAAAUCAGUGUGUACUCCUCAGAACUCCACCAGCGCCCUCUCUUUUCAUGAUCUCAACAAGCGUUAUUACAAUACCUUCCACUGUAACUUUACUAUUUCCUGUCAGUCAAUAAGCCAGCACGUAGAUAUGGCAUUGGUUCGUCUUAUUCAUCAAUUUAGUACAAUGAUAGAUGACAUCAAAGCAACUCAGACGGACAUUAAACUAAGCAGAUAUACAGCUGGAUCAGCUUCCCCAACACCUACCUUCAAAACCAGAAAGCACCGUGAUUUUCGCUCCUCUGACUUCAGUCGCAGUUCUAGAGGAAGUCUUAAUGGUGGCAAUAGAGUAAAUAAUGCAAAAAAUAAAAGGACUAACAAUGAGAACAACAAAAAGGAAUCACGAAACAAAAAUUCAUUAGGAAGGUCUGAAAGAAGAACUUCAAAAGUGUCUAGGAAAGGUUCAAAGGAUGUGGCAGAUCACAUGACGAUUCAUAUGGAUGACUCCGAUUCAAUUACUGUGUCAGAGCAAAGUGAGCCUUCAGCUGAGUGCUGGCAGAACAUGUAUAAAUUGCUUAACUUCUACUCGCUUAUCUCAGAUCCAACAGGGAUAUUGGAAAAAUCUUCAGAAACAUUUGGGCCAGCAGGAGUUCGGAGUCCUACAGAACCAGCAUGUAAAGUUGUUUUUGAGAAUGAACAAGACAACAACAGUGUGACUAAGACACAGAGGAAACGUAGCUUAGUCACUUCUGAACCUCAGCACGUUACACUAAUAGUGUUUGGGAUUGGCAUGGUGAAUCGCACACACCUGGAGGCAGACAUUGGUGGGCUAACAAUGGAAUCAGAGCUGAAGAGAAUCCAUGGCAGCUUUACCCUUAAGGAAAAAAUGAAAGAUGUUUUACAUCAAAAGAUGACUGAGACAUGUGCUACUGCUCAUAUUGGUGGGGUUAAUAUUGUACUACUUGAAGGAAUUACACCGAAUAUACAACUGGAGGAUUUUCCUACAUCUCCUACAAGUACAGCCAAACAAGAGUUUCUAACUGUAGUGAAAUGUAGUAUUGCCAAGUCCCAAGCCCUCUACAGUGCUCAGAGAGGGCUGAAGACAAACAAUGCAGCCGUUUUCAAAGUAGGAGCUAUCAGCAUCAACAUUCCUCAGCAUCCUGCCACGUUACAUAGCAUGAUGGUUCGAAGUUCUCACCAACUAUCUAAACAGAUCUCAGACCUCAUUAGACAACCUUCUACAGCCCCACAACCUGUAAAAGAAGAUAUUGCAACACCCUUACCUUCUGAAAAAACCCCAACAAGUGUUAAUCAAACUCCAAUUGAAACUAAUGAAUUUCCACAACUCCCUGAAGGCUUAGAAAAGAAGCCUAUUGUUCUUAAGUUCAGCGCCAUGUUAGAUGGUAUAGCCAUUGGAGCAGCACUUUUACCAUCUCUGAAAGCGGAAUACAAGAUGGGAAGAAUGCGAAGUCAUGGAAUGACAGGUGCACAGACAAGGUUCACAUUUGAGUUGCCAAAUCACCGACUGCGUUUUACUUCAAAAGUGUCUGCGACAGAUAUGUCAACCAUACCUCCUUCUGCCAGUCUUAACCUUCCUCCUGUUACUAUGUCCGGGAAAUACAUAAUGGAAGAACAUGAUAGUUAUUCAGAUCAGGUGUGGAGUAUAGAUGAACUUCCCUCUAAACAAGGGUACUAUUUACAAGGAAAUUAUCUACGUUGUGUGGCCGAAGUUGGUUCCUUUGAGCAUAAUCUGACAACUGAUCUUCUUAACCACUUGGUAUUUGUACAGAAAGUGUUCAUGAAGGAAGUUAAUGAAGUAAUACAAAAAGUUUCUGGUGGGGAACAGCCUAUUCCUCUAUGGAAUGAACAUGAUGGAACAGCGGAUGGAGAUAAACCUAAAAUUCUCCUCUAUUCACUGAACUUACAGUUUAAGGGUAUUCAAGUAACCGCAACAACACCAUCAAUGAGAGCAGUGAGAUUUGAAACUGGUUUGAUUGAACUGGAGCUCUCAAACAGACUUCAAACCAAAGCUCUACCAGGGAGUAGCAGUUAUCUGAAACUGUUUGGUAAAUGCCAGGUGGAUUUAAAUCUGGCAUUAGGACAAAUUGUCAAACAUCAGGUUUAUGAGGAAGCUGGUUCUGAUUUUCAUCAAGUUGCCUAUUUUAAAACCAGAAUUGGAUUAAGAAAUGCACUCCGAGAAGAAAUCAGUGGUUCUUCAGAUAGAGAAGCUGUACUUAUUACUUUGAAUAGACCAAUUGUUUAUGCACAGCCUGUAGCCUUUGAUAGAGCUGUGCUGUUUUGGCUGAAUUAUAAGGCUGCCUAUGACAAUUGGAAUGAACAACGUAUGGCCUUACAUAAGGAUAUUCAUAUGGCAACAAAGGAAGUAGUAGACAUGCUGCCUGGUAUCCAGCAAACAUCAGCACAGGCCUUUGGGACUCUCUUCCUCCAGCUCACUGUGAAUGAUCUGGGAAUUUGCCUGCCUAUCACAAAUACUGCACAGUCUAAUCACACCGGAGACCUUGACACUGGUUCUGCUUUAGUAUUGACUAUUGAAAGCACCCUCAUCACUGCUUGCUCUUCAGAGUCUCUUGUUAGUAAAGGACAUUUCAAAAACUUUUGUAUACGUUUUGCUGAUGGCUUUGAGACAUCGUGGGAUGACUGGAAACCAGAAAUUCGUGGGGAUCUAGUGAUGAAUGCCUGUGUAGUUCCAGAUGGUACCUAUGAAGUAUGUUCAAGGACAACAGGACAAGCAGCGGCUGAAAGUAGUAGUGCUGGAACCUGGACACUCAAUGUACUGUGGAAAAUGUGUGGGAUUGAUGUCCACAUGGAUCCUAAUAUUGGCAAAAGGCUUAAUGCUCUGGGCAACACCCUUACAACACUGACAGGAGAGGAAGACAUAGAUGACAUUGCUGACCUAAACUCAGUUACCAUAGCUGACCUGUCAGAUGAGGAUGAAGUGGAUACUAUGUCUCCCACUAUCCAUACUGAAGCUAUCGAUUAUCGAAGACAAGGAACAUCUGGCAGCCAGCCAGGAGAACUUAGAGGAAGAAAAAUUGUGAAGCGUAUAGUAGAUAUUAGAGAACUGAAUGAACAGGCCAAAGUAAUAGAUGAUCUCAAAAAAUUGGGUGCAAGUGAAGGUACCAUAAACCAGGAAAUUCAACGUUAUCAGCAGUUAGAAUCUGUUGCUGUGAAUGACAUUCGAAGAGAUGUCCGUAAAAAGUUACGGAGAUCUAGUAUGCGAGCUGCUUCCCUAAAGGAUAAAUGGGGCUUGGGGUACAAACCAAGUUAUAGCCGAUCAAAAAGCAUUUCUGCUUCCGGAAGACCACCUCUUAAACGAAUGGAAAGGGCAAGUUCUCGAGUAGGAGAACCUGAGGAACUCCCAGAAAUACGUGUUGAUGCAGCAUCUCCUGGCCCCAGAGUAACUUUCAAUAUACAGGAUACAUUUCCUGAAGAGACGGAAUUGGACCUUUUGUCAGUAACCAUUGAUGGCCCAUCUCAUUAUUCAUCUAAUAAUAGUGAAGGAUCAUGUUCUGUGUUCAGCUCUCCCAAAACUCCAGGAGGCUUUUCACCAAGCAUUCCUUUCCAACCGGAAGAGAGUCGACGAGAUGAUAGUUUGUCUUCUACCAGUGAAGAUUCUGAGAAAGAUGAAAAGGAAGAAGACCAUGAAAGAGAAAGAUUUUAUAUUUACAGAAAACCCUCUCAUACAUCUCGUAAAAAAGCAACAGGUUUUGCUGCUGUUCAUCAGCUAUUUACCGAACGCUGGCCUACAACACCGGUCAACCGGAGUCUCAGUGGCACAACUACAGAGAGAAAUAUUGACUUUGAACUUGAUAUACGGGUUGAAAUUGAUAGUGGGAAAUGUGUACUCCACCCAACCACUCUCCUACAAGAACAUGAUGAUAUAAGCUUGAGAAGGAGUUACGAUAGAAGUUCUAGAAGCUUAGAUCACGAUUCUCCUUCUAAAAAGAAGAAGUUUCAAACUAAUUAUGCUUCUACCACCCAUUUAAUGACUGGUAAAAAAGUACCUUCAUCACUGCAGACAAAGCCUAGUGACUUGGAAACAACCGUAUUUUACAUUCCUGGAGUUGAUGUAAAGUUACAUUACAAUUCUAAGACUCUAAAGACUGAAUCACCUAAUGCAUCAAGAGGAUCUUCCUUGCCAAGAACACUCUCUAAAGAAUCCAAGCUGUAUGGUAUGAAAGAUAGUAGUGCAACAUCUCCUCCUUCUCCUCCUUUACCUUGCACUGUCCACAGCAAGACUAACACCUUACUACCUCCCCAACCCCCACCUAUUCCCUCAGCCAAAGGAAAAGGAAGUGGAGGAGUAAAGUUAGCCAAGUUAUAUGCCUGGGUAGCACUUCAGUCAUUGCCAGAAGAAAUGGUCAUUAGUCCCUGCCUAUUAGACUUUCUGGAAAAAGCAUUGGAAACUAUUCCAAUUACACCAAUUGAAAGAAAUUAUACAGCUGUCAGCUCACAAGAUGAAGAUAUGAGCCAUUUUGAAAUACCAGAGCCUAUGGAAGAAUCAACAACAUCAUUAGUAUCAUCUUCAACAUCUGCUUACUCUUCCUUCCCUGUAGAUGUUGUGGUUUAUGUGCGAGUUCAGCCAUCACAGAUCAAGUUUAGCUGUUUGCCAGUAUCUAGAGUGGAAUGCAUGCUAAAACUGCCAUCCUUAGACUUGGUGUUUUCUUCAAACCGAGGAGAGCUGGAGACUUUAGGGACUACAUAUCCUGCUGAGACUUUGUCUCCUGGAAGUAAUGCUCUUCAGAGUGGAACAAAGACCUCUGCAAACAAAACUGGAUUACCAGGUUCAUCAGGAUUAGGCAGCCCUCUUGGCAGAAGUCGACAUAGUAGUAGUCAGUCAGAUCUGACAAGUUCCACCAGCAGUUCAUCUGGUUUGAGCUUCACUGCAUGCAUGUCUGACUUUUCCCUGUAUGUGUUCCAUCCAUAUGGAGCAGGAAAACAAAAAACUGCUGUUUCUGGACUCACACCUGGAUCAGGAGGAUUGGGUAAUAUGGAUGAGGAAUCCACUUCAGUCACUGGCCGGAAAGACUCUCUUAGUAUAAAUCUUGAAUUUGUAAAAGUGAGUUUAUCUCGGAUAAGACGUUCAGGAGGUGCCUCAUUUUUUGAAAGCCAGUUUGUAAACAAGUCUGCAAGCAAAAUGGACACUACAUUAAUAAACAUAUCUGCUGUUUGUGAUAUAGGGUCUGCUUCCUUUAAAUAUGACAUGCGCCGACUCAGUGAAAUUCUGGCGUUUCCAAGAGCCUGGUACAGGAGAAGUAUUGCAAGACGCCUGUUCCUGGGAGACCAAACUAUAAAUUUGCCAACAUCUGGCCCAGGGACACCUGAUUCCAUUGAAGGGGUGAGCCAGCACCUUUCCCCAGAAUCAUCAAGAAAAGCUUACUGCAGGACCUGGGAGCAGCCCAGUCAGUCAGCUUCUUUCACCCACAUGCCUCAGUCACCUAAUGUGUUCAAUGAACAUAUAACAAACAGUACCAUGUCACCAGGGACUGCAGCACAGAGCCUAAAAUCCCCAGCUUCUAUAAGAUCCAGGAGUGUGUCAGAUUCUUCAGUUCCCAGAAGAGAUUCACUUUCAAAAACAUCAACUCCUUUUAAAUCAAACAAAGCUGCAAGUCAACAAGGGACCCCAUGGGAAACACUUGUUGUGUUUGCUAUCAACUUGAAGCAAUUAAAUGUUCAAAUGAAUAUGAGUAAUGUAAUGGGAAAUACAAAUUGGACAACUAGUGGUCUGAAGAGCCAAGGCCGCCUGUCUGUGGGAAGUAAUAGAGAUCGAGAGAUCAGUAUGUCUGUUGGUCUGGGAAGAUCACAGUUAGAUUCCAAAGGAGGUGUAGUUGGAGGGACCAUAGAUGUCAAUGCUUUGGAGAUGGUUGCUCAUAUUUCAGAACAUCCAAAUCAGCAACCUAGUCACAAAAUUCAGAUAACUAUGGGUUCUACUGAAGCUCGAGUUGAUUACAUGGGCUCAAGUAUUCUUAUGGGAAUCUUCAGUAAUGCUGAUCUUAAGCUUCAGGAUGAAUGGAAAGUAAACCUGUAUAAUUCGUUGGAGUCAAGUAUGACUGAUAAAAGUGAAAUUUUUGUCCAUGGUGAUUUGAAGUGGGAUAUUUUCCAAGUAAUGAUAUCAAGAUCAACCACACCAGAUCUGAUAAAAAUAGGAAUGAAGCUCCAGGAAUUUUUCACACAGCAGUUUGACACCAGCAAACGAGCCCUGUCUACCUGGGGACCAGUUCCUUAUCUUCCACCUAAAACAAUGACUAACAACCUAGAGAAAACUUCACAAGAACAGUUGCUUGAUGCAGCACAUCAUCGACAUUGGCCUGGAGUAUUGAAGGUAGUAUCAGGAUGCCAUAUAUCCUUAUUCCAGAUUCCAUUACCAGAAGAUGGAAUGCAGUUUGGAGGCUCAAUGAGCUUACAUGGAAAUCAUAUGACAUUGGCUUGUUUUCAUGGUCCUAAUUUCCGUUCAAAAUCCUGGGCCCUUUUUCAUUUAGAAGAACCAAAUAUUGCAUUUUGGACUGAAGCUCAGAAAAUCUGGGAAGAAGGUUCCAGUGAUCAUUCUACAUAUAUUGUACAAACAUUGGAUUUUCAUCUGGGUCAUAACACCAUGGUUACUAAACCAUGUGGAGCUUUGGAAAGUCCUAUGGCAACAAUAACUAAAAUAACAAGGCGUCGCCAUGAAAAUCCACCACAUGGAGUAGCAAGUGUGAAAGAAUGGUUCAAUUAUGUUACAGCCACCAGGAAUGAAGAGCUAAACCUGCUUCGCAAUGUGGAUGCUAACAACACUGAGAGUAGCACGACUGUGAAGAAUUCUAGCUUGUUAAGUGGAUUCAGAGGAGGUUCUAGCUACAAUCAUGAAACUGAAACUAUCUUUGCCUUACCAAGGAUGCAGCUUGACUUUAAGUCCAUUCAUGUUCAAGAACCGCAAGAACCUACAUUACAGGAUGCCAGCUUGAAGCCAAAGGUAGAAUGUAGUGUGGUGACAGAGUUCACUGACCACAUUUGUGUGACUAUGGAUGCUGAGCUGAUCAUGUUUCUUCAUGAUUUAGUGUCGGCUUAUCUAAAAGAAAAAGAAAAGGCCAUUUUUCCACCUCGAAUUUUAUCUACUCGACCGGGACAGAAAAGUCCAAUUAUUAUACAUGAUGAAAAUUCCUCUGACAAAGACAGAGAAGACAACAUCACUUAUACUACUGUGGACUGGAGAGAUUUUAUGUGUAACACAUGGCAUCUAGAACCCACUCUAAGAUUAAUUUCUUGGACUGGAAGAAAGAUUGAUCCUGUAGGCGUUGAUUAUAUUCUUCAAAAACUGGGCUUUCACCAUGCAAGGACUACUAUCCCUAAAUGGCUUCAGAGAGGAGUCAUGGAUCCACUGGACAAAGUUCUGUCAGUUCUUAUCAAAAAACUUGGUACUGCCCUACAGGAUGAAAAGGAAAAGAAAGGAAAAGACAAAGAAGAACACUAAAAAAAACUUAAUCCGUGAACAAAUUAUGAUUGUAUCUGUUAAGCUUAUUAACACUGGAGAUUUUUUUAAUGUAACAAAAUUAUUUUAAAUAUAACUUUAAAAUAAUUCUAAUUUUGUGGCCAUUAUAUUAAAAGUUUAUCUUACCCUGUUUAUUCCAAUUCUACCAUUCUGUAUACAGUGAAGUAUUGCAUGAUAAAUGUACAUUUGUGAAAGAACAGGUUAUGUAAAUCUCAUUAAGGUUGAUAAUUGUAUUAUGUGCAAUAUUAUUCCUGCAUUUUUACAAUAUUUGCAGAAUAACUGUGAAUUUUCUUUGUUACUGGCCAUAACUUUUAGGAAAAAAUCUUAUUGAUAAUGUGAUUUUUUUUUUAUCAUUAAACUUUCUUUUUGUAAUGUAGUACUGUAUAAAUACUUAUUUAUGUAUAGUUUGAGUAAAUGAAAUGUGAUUACAUACUACUAAAAUAUUAUUUGUAACUAUUGUAAUAAAAAGUCAAAAUAAU